GACAGCAGAACCAAUUUCAGAGAGAGAGUGAGAGAGAGAGUGAGAGAGAGAGACAACAUAGACAGAGCAGGAAGGCCCGGUUGGCAUCUGCUCCCCCUCCCACCAUUCCACCCCACAACGUCGCCAGGAACUGAAUCUCGCGCGGCCCGCUCAGUGUGAUGAUGUGCCAGCGCCGGGGCGGUGACCUCUGAGCAGAAGAGGGCUGGGGACGGAGGGGCGGGAGGAGGAGUACGAGAUGACGGGCCUACGAGAGACGGAGAGGAACUGCCCGGCCUGGAGUUGCUUCGAUUGACGUGGAAAUGAUCAGGAGCGUGGAGGAUGCGAUCGGAAGGUCGCUGAUAGCGUGAGGAACCAGGAGUCCAGAGAGACAGCGAGACAGAGAGACAGAGAGAGAGAGAGAGAGAGGAGAAUGGACGCAGAUGGGGUGAUCAGGACAGACUUGUCCCUGUGCAGCGACCCAGCCUCCCGAGGGGGCAGCGUUCUGGAAGAUCCCACACCAGUGGCCGAUGGGGAAGAGCAGGUGGAUCCCUCCAUCCGCCCGGAGAUCAUUGCCGAUGGCACAGACAUCAUCUCCAUCGGCCUGGGGGCUGGAGACCCAAACAGAGUCAGUCCGACCUCCACGCCAGCCGUGCCAAGCACGUCAGGGAGCCCGUGCCCCACAGAAUCCUGCCUGGCCGGAGGCUGCCAUGACGACGGUGACCCGGAGGGCCCCCUGCCGACCUCUGACCUUGCCGCCCCCGUCCAGGACAGCCCACCGAGCCCACCCGAUGACCCUGCGGACAGGAGUCUGGAGGACGGGGGGUCCCAGACCCGGGAGGUCUGCAACACGGCCUGCUCAAUUUCCCUCCAACACCUCUACCCGUCAUACCCGGAUAACAGGGACAGGAACAAUAUGGUGAAAAGGCUGACCCCGGAUUUCAGUGAGCGGGAGGUGUUUUUUGACCUGGUCUGGGAGGUCCAGAGCAGACGUCUGAAUGACCAGAGGUGCUCCUUCAGGAGGAGCAGAGACCGCAGGCCCUAUCGCUCCUUACCCUCAUCGCCAUUGGACAGAGAGAACCCUUUCUUUGCCUCCAUGUCCUCCCUCCAAACCGAGGAAUUUUUUGACCUCAUUGCCUGCUCCCAGAGCCGGCGGCUCAAUGACCAGCGCGCAGAUUUUGAGGAAUCUCCGACAGUGGCACUCAGCGCACCGUUCCCUAUGGGUCCUGUCGAAUACCUGGCUCCCUUAGGAAGCAUGCUGGCUCAGACACAGAGCGCAGCGUCUCCGCCAGCAGCUCCAGCAGAGAGAGAGGAGGCUCCAGCAGAGCGAGAGGAGAUCCCAGCAGAGGGAGGGCAGGAGCCAGCAGAGCGGCAGGAGAUCCCAGCAGAGGGAGAGGAGUCUCCAACAGAGCGAGAGGAGAUCCCAGCAGAGGGAGGGCAGGAACCAGCAGAGCGGCAGGAGAUCCCAGCAGAGGGAGAGGAGGCUCCAGCAGAGCGGCAGGCGAUCCCAGCAGAGGGAGAGGAGGCUCCAGCAGAGCAGCAGGAUAUCCCAGCAGAGGGAGAGGAGUCUCCAACAGAGCGAGAGGAGAUCCCAGCAGAAGGAGAGGAGGCUCCAGCAGAGCGGCAGGCGAUCCCAGCAGAAGGAGAGGAGGCUCCAGCAGAGCGGCAGGCGAUCCCAGCAGAAAGAGAGGAGGCUCCAGCAGAGCGGCAGGAGAUCCCAGCAGAAGGAGAGGAGGCUCCAGUAUAUAAAGCAAUGUAUCAAGUGCAGAUGUCGACGGGAACAAAGGGGCCAGACGAUGAACUGUACAACAUCAUCUUAACCCACCAGUCGGCCAGUGCCCGGAUUGAAGACCAGCGCUGUCACCCUCCGGCCUACAGCUCCCAGGCUCUCCUUGAUCUGCUGCAGCGGCUGCAGGAGCAGCGAAUGGACGAGCAACGAGCACCCCUCCCACCGGGACUGGCACCCAAGAGGGUGUCCCCCCGGGCCCAGGAGGACAGGCGAUCCUCCAUCUUCGCUCCCCUACUGAAAGGCAUGUCGCAACGACGGGCCAACUCCAGCUAAAGGGACACGGCAGCGGGACAGGAGCAGCGGGACGAACACCCACCCCCCACACACACACACACACACACACACACACACAUACACUCACACACACAGACACACACACAUUCUCACACACACACACAUGCACAGACACACACACUCACACACACACACACAUACACACACACAGAUACAGACUCAUACAUACACACACGCACAGAUACAGACACACACAUACACACAUAUAUCCACACACACACACACAGACGCACACACAUACACACACACAUACACACACACACAGACACAAACAUACUCACACACACAGACGUGCACACACACACAGACACACACACACAGAGGCAGGCAGACAGACACACACAAAACACACACACACACACACACACACACAAACACACACACACAGACAGACACACACAAACACACAGACACACACACACAGAGACACACACACACACACAGACAUACAUACACACAGACACGCACACACAAAAACAGAGACAGACACACAGACACAUACACACACAGAGGCAGACACACACACAGACAGAGGCAGACAGACACACAGAUAGACAGACACACACAGACACAUACACACAAAGACAGACACACACGCACAAAGACACACACACAGACACAUACAGACACACACACACAGACAGACACACACAUACAUACACACAGACACAUACACACAAAGACAGACACACACACACAGACAGAAACACACAUACAUACACACACAGACACAUACACACAAAGACAGACAUAAAGACAGACAUACACAUACAGACACACACAGAGACAGACACACACACACAGAUACACACACAAACAGAUACACACAGAGACAGGCACAUACACAGACACACACACAGAGAUGGACACAGACACGCACACAGACACACACGCACAUACAGAUGCAGACACACACACAUGGGCAGACAGACACACACAGACAGACAGCCACAUGGACACAUACAUACACAGACACACACACACAGAUACAGAUACACACACAUACACACAGACAGACAGAGGCAGACGCAGACACACUGACACCAAAAUUCCCAUCAGUCGGCUGAUAUGAGGUGGUACCAGUGAACUGACUGCAGUCAGCAGGAAAACUGGGAAAAAUGCCUUGUUGUAGACUGUAAUCCCCAGAGAGGGGUCAAACCCCCCCCACAACCUUAAUGUUUGUCCCUUUCCUUCCACCUUCAGCUGGAUUGUUGCUUCUGGGGGAAAGCGCCCCCUCCCCCAGCGUGUUUCCAUUCAGGGACGGAGGGGUGUGCUGGUCCGGGAGAGUGAGUGGGGGGGGGCACAAUGGGGAAUCUCACCGUCCAUCCCCAUCGUUCACACCCCCUCCCCGGAAUAACGCCAGGCCAUGUGACUGCUCAGAGCUGUGCUCCUGUCCACCCCUCCCGGAGUCUGGGUGGGGGAGGGGGGUGGUGCGGAGGAGAGGGUGGGGUAGUUACGUGUUCCCCUUGCCUCAUUUACCACAGGCCCGCUAACGGCAGACGGCCUCCACUCACCUCGCAACCACCCCUCAACUCGCGCUCCCCCCCCGCUUCAACACCAACGCAAAGCCCUCCUCUUCCUCGCCCCCACCCUGUCUCACCCCAGCUGGUCCUGUAGCUAACCCGACCCUCUUUCUUAAUCGCCUGGACCCUCUCCCCUUAAGAUACUGUCUGUAAACCCCCACCACUGUCAAUAGUUUACCGCGACAACGUCCCCUUGGGCAUAUGCCCCCUUGCGCCACACAAAUGCAGGUCAGAGUUGCCAAGUGUCUCCUCUCCGGGAUGGGAGUGGGUGGGAUUAGGGCCAUGUCUAACUAUAUCCGUCCCCCCAGCAUCAAUGGAGGCUGAGAGGAGUGGGGGUGGGAGGGGUUGGAUGACCACUGAAGUGGGCGCGUGUGUGUGUGUGUGUGAGUGUGUGUUGGGGGGUCCACCCCCCCAACCCCACCCCCCUUUCUCUCCAACGAGGGGAGACGCUGCGCCUUGCCCCUCCCAACCCCCACGCCUGUCCCAUCCCUAGCGCGCCCUCGGCCUGGAAUUGGAUCCGGCACAUGUCGGUUAACCCGGUUGUCUGGGGCCAUCGCCCGUCCCUAGUUGCCCCCCACCCCUUGAGAAGGUCCGGGGGGUGGGGGGGGGGGGGGGUGAGCUGCCUUCUUGAACCGCUGCUGCCCACCUGCUGUGGGUUGACCCUCAGUGCCCCUGAGGGAGGGGGAAUUCCAGGAUUCAGUCCCAGCGACAGCGAAGGAACGGCUGAUGUAUUUCCAAGUCGGGACGGUGAGGGGGUCGGAGGGGAACUUGCAGGGGGGUGGUGUUCCCGCGUAUCUACUCCCCCUUAUCCUUCCAGACGGAAGUGGCCGUGAGUUUGGAAGGUGCUGCCUGAGGAUCUUUGGUGACUUCCUGCAGUGUGUCUCGUAGAUGGUACACACUGCUGCUAC